AUGGCGCCGGUGAAAAAACCGAAGAAUUUAUUGAAAUCAAUGGAGAAACCGAUCGAAAAACCUAUUAUAAAAACUAAGAUGAAAAAAAAGAAUUACCAUAGCUUCUCUAUUUACAUAUAUAAAUUAUUGAGAAGUAUAUUGAAAGAAAAUUUCGGUAUAUCGAAGAAGUCUAUGCAGAUAAUGAAUAAUUUCGUUAAUGAUAUGAUAGAGAAAAUAGCUGAAGAAGCUGGGAGACUUGUCGUUCAUUCAAAGAGGAGUACAUUGGGAAGUGCAGAAAUUCGUACCGCAAUCAAACUUCUUGUUCCCGGAGAAUUAGCGAAACAUGCGUUAGUUGAAGGAGCUAAAGCACUUAAGGCGUAUAGUGACAGUAAAGAAAACUCUGACUGA